UAUUUGCCUAAUUGGUUUUUAUAAGACGUUAUUGUUGUCCGACCAAUUAAAGUCAAAACUCGAAAGCAUUUUCAGAUUUGUUUGGCUUUUCUCUUCCCAACAUCAAUCAAGGCCGCCGAUCCUUCUUCUCUCUCUCCAGUUUCACUUUCAGUAGAAGUGAUAUCUUAUGGCUUCCUUCAAAGCAUUUUUGAACAGUCCAGUUGGUCCAAAAACAACUCACUUUUGGGGACCUGUUGCCAACUGGGGAUUCGUAGCAGCUGGGUUGGCUGACAUCAAUAAACCUCCAGAAAUGAUUUCUGGCAACAUGACAGGAGCAAUGUGUAUUUAUUCAGCAUUGUUCAUGAGAUUUGCGUGGAUGGUACAGCCACGAAACUAUUUACUUCUUGCAUGUCAUGCUUCAAAUGAGACUGUUCAGCUCUAUCAACAUACCCGAUGGGCUAAGGCAGAAGGGUAUCUCUCGGGGAAGAAGGAGAAAGCUUCAUCAAGUGAAUGAAGUUUUUUGAAAAGAUUGUGUUUGAACUUGUCGAUUUAUGAAUAAUUGAUUGAUAGAAUUGAUUGUAAGAAAGGGAUCGUGGAAACUAAAUGAUUGAGAAUUUGCAGAGUAUUUGCUUUUGUAAGGAUAUCAAAUAAGUAUAUUAUCAAAGGUUUGAUGGUUUUUAAACUGCCC